AUGUGUGAGACUUCACUCACCUGUGCUCGAGAACAGUUGCUUCCAUUAAUAAAGGAAGCAGUCAACAUGAUUAGGGGUGUCCCUAAAGAAAUUGCUGAAAUGCAAGAUGAACUUGAACGCAUUGAAGACUUCAUCUACGAAGCAGAUAGAAUGGCUGAUUCACAGAAAGACAAUACUAAGCACGAAAUCAAAGCAAUUAUCAAACAGUUGAAAAAAAAUCUCGCGAUCUUAGCUAUGUUUCUCUUAUGUAUGUUUUGCAUAUGUAUGGUUCGUUUAAUUCUUGAUUUACAUCGGCAACAUGCUUUUGUUCCUCUUGAAGAAUCAAUUCUGAAGUCUUUGCCAAUUAGGGUUUUCAAACCAGAAGAAUUCAAAGAUGGUUUGAAAUGUGUUGUUUGUCUUUGUGAUGUUGUUGAAGGAGAAAAAGUUAGAGUUUUACCAGAAUGCAAUCAUGGAUUUCAUUUAGAUUGUAUUGAUAAGUGGUUUCAAUCUCACUCUACUUGUCCUCUUUGUAGGAAUUUAGUUUCUAAUGAAUCCUCUAUACCUAAUAGUGCUACAAAUGCUCAAGAGAUCAAUGUGUCAAUAUGUUAG